AUGAGGUUAAUGAUGACUUUAAAAAAGAUUGAUGGCCAAGUUUGUCCUGAUGGUUGGGUUAAAUAUGGAAUAUAUUGUUAUCUUUUCCAAACUGGAAAUCCCACACAGUCUGGAAAAAGUUGGACAGAUUUUUUUUCAUCUUGUUUAAUUAAUGGAGGAAAUUUGCUCAGUGUAGCAGAUCAAGAAGAAAAUUUAUUUAUUUUAAACUAUCUCAAAAAUAACAGCAUGAACGAUUUGCAUUUUUGGAUUGGCACGCUAAUUUUAACUGCUUCACUAUGUCUCAAUACUCUUCAGAGAAGAAUUGUUUGGUCUGAUAAUACAACUCCGUUAUUCUUUAAUUGGAGGCAGGAUCAACCUGACAAUUCCUUUGGAAGAGAAAACUGCGUGGAAGUAAGUUCUUAUGGUUGGAGUGAUGCUAGUUGUGAUAAUCUUUAUGGAUUUGUAUGUAAAAUUAAAAAAGAAAAACAAGAAUUCAACACAAAAACUAGUAAAGUGAAACUUGUUUACAGAAAUUAA